GGGAAUUGCCGUUUUUAUUGAUAACUAGACGUUGGCCAUGCGUCGUUGAAGGAGGAAAAAAAAUAAAUAACGGCCAUCUAUCACAUCAGCUCAAUGACGCAUAAAAACCAGUUCUUUGCGAGACCAUAUUUUGUUUAACAGGUCCAGCAUGUUAGUGACACUCGGCCUUGCUCUUCUGUUGUUUACUUGUGUCGGAGUUGCGUCUGUUGCUGUGAAGGCUUACUCGAGCCUGCCACCAACGCUAACAAAUAUUCUUCUUCAUUUAAUUGACUUUCUCGGCGCAUUUAUUCAAACAUUUUUCCGACUGAUUUACAUCGUCCUUCUGUUUGUGUACAGCGUUACUACCUAUUUCAUGGGGACCGCUUUAAAUGUAGUACCAACGGUGUAUAAAGUUCUCACCACUCUUCUUGGAUUCUUUCUGUGGUUAACAGUUCACUUCAUUCGAGGCUUGCUUGGUCUUGAAGAUAAAGCAGUCAAUACUAUAAGCUGGUUAAUAGCAACGUGUGUUGUAUUUCUUUAUAUAGACAAAAAUUACCAGCGCCUUGGUGGAGGUGGUGUGUUUAGUGGACAAAUUAAUGCCGAGGUUCUGAACGACACCGACAACAAUGAAGAGAAUGGUACGGCGGAAGAAAUUAACCCAAAUGGGCAUGAAGAUCAGCAGCUGGAAACAGAGAACAGAGAAAACGAAAACGAGGAAAAUGCACUGGAAGAGGCAGAUAGAAAUCGUGCAAAUAAUGACAAUGUGCAGAAUGUACAGCGUGAGUUGAACAGAGAAAGAGUACAGUUGCCAGUAACGCAUGUGACUCGGGUUGUUGGUGAAGAGUCUAGUGAUGAAGAACUUGACCCAACAAUAUGUUCCAUUUGCUAUAUUAGAAGGAGGAGUGCUGCUUUGUUUCCUUGUGGUCAUACACAGCUUUGUAAAGAGUGUGCAAGGAUUAUAACUGAUACUCAAAGACCUUGCCCAAUAUGUCAAACAGCAGUUCAAGAAUUUCGUCGAGUAUAUGUUUAGCUAGAUGAAUAUAAAGAACAUUUUAAAAAAAUUGUUAACUAGAGACUUAUAAGAUUGUAACAGUUUGUGUUUACAAAGUUAGCCGGUAUUGAUUGCUUGCCUGGUCAGUCAUUUGUCUUAUCAAUACAUUUAUUAAGCAUCAAGAAUAGGCAAAGUAACUAGCUGCAAAGAAAUGCUUGGCAUUAGUAAAUUUGAUUUUUUCAUGAGCUGGUUUGAACGUCUUACCAUUUUUGAGGCUUUAUUUUCAUUAUCUUUAAAGACUAAUUGAUUGGUUUAAUGUGAUAUUAGGUUUGAAAGCCAAAUGAGAACCAAAAAUUUUUUAAGUUUAAAUGUUAAAUUUCUUAUAAAAUGACAGUUCUCUUGUCAUGUGUUAUAAAAUUUUGUAUGUACAAUAGUGCAUUUGUGUCGGUGUACAGUUUUGUCAGCAACUCUAUGGCUUUUUAAAAAAUAACUUGUAUUUAUUAUUUUAAACUGUUCUUGAAUAAAUAUUCAGAUUUAACCAGUAACUUCGGUUAAAAUUAACCCAUUACUAUCAAACUUUCUUUUCUUUUGAGCCAUAUAAUAGCAUGAAUAUUCUGAUCUACUUUGCUUUCUUAUUUAAGCCUUAGUAGGCUUAACAUUUCCAGAUGAAAUGUAUUUUUAAUGUUCAAAUGAUGCAAAAAAUUGCUUUUUUCUGUUGUUAAAUCAUCCUUAGCAUAUGAAUUUUUACAUUGUCUAAAUUGCACUUCUUAUUGAUUCAUAAGCAGAUUCAGGGGUUUAGGAGAUGUGCAUGCUAUGAAGAUACACUGUUUCUACCAACACUCCAUAAUGUUGUUGAUAGAUACCAAAAACCUCCCUUUACCAAAGUUGUAAGAUACCUUUAGGUAUGGAAAACAGCCUGAACAAGGAAAGAUUGUCACGGGUUGAUGCUUUUAUCAUUUUUGUAUUGUGACGAUUUUUAACUGUUUUAAUUGUUUGGAUGUUAAAUAUGACCUGGUAAAUAUGUUGAGAUGUUUUAUGUUUUGAGUUGUUUGUUAUUUGAGAUUACAUAGAUCUUCCAAAUGAUUUCUGUACAAUGGAUUCUAACAAGUUUUUCAACUGUUAAAAAUAAUAUUGUAGUAAAAUAUAAUAUUAACAUGAUCAAAGACCUUAACAUACAAGUUGGCUGAAACACAUUGGUAAUAAUACUUUUCCUGUUUGACACCAAUGACCAAAUACCAUAUGUGUGAUGGCUAAACAUGAACAAUUUCCAAAAGCAAAUACAGAUUAAUUGAAAGUGGUCACUUAUGACCAGACCAUGUUUUUAUUAAAAUUAUGUAAAUUUUG